UAAAAACAAAUGUAUUUUUAGAUAUUAUUAAGAUUGAUUGAAUGGUCAUAAUAAAUGUCUUAUAGCCCGACCAUCAUAAGUUAGUAUAGCUCUGGUCGGGCUAUACUAACUUAUGAUUCAAAUGGAUAAUGUUCAAGUCCUUCGAUAGUCCUCAUAGAUAUUCGAUAAUUAUUGUCCGACAUCACUAGCGUGUAGUGACAGCACCUGGACAGCACCACAGAUGACAGCACUGUGGACUGACUGACAGUAAAAACUGUGGUCCGAAAUGUCCGAAUUUUACUGUUAAACUUGCAAUCUCAAUAACAAUAAAGCACUACACCAGCGUUUUAGAAACAAGAAAAAUGUAAAAGAGGACAAACAUACGUAACAUUGAUAAUAUUUUGCAAUUUAAAGUAAAAUUACAAAAGUUAUCGAAAUAUUUUCUAUCAAUUUAAUAUUAAAUUAAAAACCAUUCAACUUAAUUCGGACUGAUCACGGUAUGGUCGUCUGCUGGCGUCUGUCUCUGUCUGUCUUUCUCAGUCAGAUUUAAUUAGGUACGUGCUCUGUGAUUCUCAUCGGCCGACCGGUACAAAAAUACAAAUCGGCGUAAAAUCAAUGGAAGUAAGUUUUAAAAAAUGUGAGUGGUUCUACCACACAAAGGGACAUAAACUUACUUUUCAGGUGAAUACAUGAGUACAGAAAUGGCUGAAGAUUAUACUGAAAUUCGGUGAACACAAAUGUAAUAGAUCCACAAAAUCAUACAAAUUCAGAUACCUGCAGUUAUACUAAGGCCGAAGUUAACCUCGAGAUGAUAUCAACAAAAGUGUUGUUAGAACGCACCAAAUACUAUGGUUGUGACCGUUGCAAUCUUGUUUUCUUCCGACCAAAAGAUGUAAAGAUUCAUGCAGUUAAACAUAAACAAGAUAUUAUGAAAAGUGUGGACGACGACGACAUCGACGACAGAUUCGUAAAGCGUUUCUCGUGUGACGUGUGCGGGCGGCGCUUCGUGCAGCUCGGCACGCUGCGGGCGCACGCGGCGCUGCACGAGCCCUUCCCGCACGCCUGCCCCUGCGGCGUCGGCUUCUACCGCGCGCACGACCUCCGCGCCCACAGGAACCUGCUGCACCUCGACCAGAUACAGCAGACGCUCGCCGCGCUCACCCACAGGCAACAGAGGGCGUCCAGACACAAGAUCCGGCAGACAAAAGUGGUUAAAGCAGCCAAAAAGGAACCGAAGCUGAAAAUAGUCGAACCAGUAAAAAAAGUAAACAAACAAAAACGUUCGACCGAGACCCUAACAAGAUACAGGUCUGAAGACGAGAAUUUUAUCAUACCAAACGAUGACAAUAGUUUCUCAUGUCCGACUUGCUAUAAGAUAUUCAAAUCUAAGCAAAGCGUGGUGGUUCAUCUCGCCACCCACGCCCCGGUGAAGCCGAUCCUCUGCAGUUAUUGCGGCAGAGAAUUUAGAAGGCUGCAAAAUUUGAGGUCACAUGAGCGGAUACACAGAGGGGAGAAGCCGUUCAAAUGCUCGUUUUGCCCCAAAGUGUCCGGCGACGCGUCGACGCACAAGCGCCAUGAGCGCACGCACACCGGCGUCAAGCCCCACAGGUGCAACUUCUGCGGGAAGAAGUUCGCCGACGCCAGCGGGCUCAACGCUCACCGCAAACGGCACGAAGGCACAAAAGACGUCAAAUGCCCGCAUUGCCCCAAAAUGUUCUGGGAUAAAAAGACCUUAAGACAACACAUCCCCGUUCACAGUGACGAAAAGAACUUCGAAUGUCAAAUAUGCUCAAAAAGAUUUUCGCAAAAAUGUUACCUCAGAGUGCACUUGAAAGUUCACGGAGUUGAAAGAUUUGAGUGUGACUACUGUGGGUUCCUUUCUAUACACAAAUAUAAUUUAAUGACACACAUACAAAAUAAGCACAUGCAUAAAAAGGAACCGAAGCCGAAAAUUACAGUCGAUCCAGUCAAAAAACAAAAACGUUGGACUGAAUCCACGGCGACGAGAUACAGGUCCGAAGAAGAUAAUCUUAUCAAACCAAACGACGACAAUAGCUUCUCGUGUCCAACUUGCUAUAAGAUAUUCAAAUCUAAGGACAGCAUGGUGGUUCAUCUCGCCACCCACGCCCCGGUGAAGCCGAUCCUCUGCAGUUAUUGCGGCAGAGAAUUUAAAAGGCUGCAAAAUUUGAUUUCACAUGAGCGGAUACACAGAGGGGAGAAGCCGUUCAAAUGCUCGUUUUGCCCCAAAGUGUCCGGUGACCCCUCGACGCACAAGCGCCAUGAGCGCACGCACACCGGCGUCAAGCCAUACAGGUGCGACUUCUGUGAGAAGAAGUUCGCCGACGCCAGCGGGCUCAUCGCUCACCGCAAACGGCAGCACGAAGGCACAAAAGACGUCGAAUGCCCGCAUUGCCACAAAAUGUUCUGGGAUAAAAAGGCCUUAAGACGACACAUCCCCGUUCACAGUGACGUCAAAAAAGUAACAAAACAAAAACGUUCGACCGAAUCCCUAACAAGAUACAGGUCCGAAGACGAGAAUUUUAUCAUACCAAACGACGAUAAUAGUUUCUCGUGUCCGACUUGCUAUAAGAUAUUCAAAUCUAAGCGAAACGUGGUGAUUCAUCUCGCCACCCACGCCCCGGUGAAGCCGUACGCGUGCAAAUUGUGCGGUCAGAGGUUCACGCAAACGUCGGGGUUCUACAAGCACAUGAAAGUACACAGCGGCGUCACGGAGUUCCGCUGCAGUUUUUGCGGCAAAGAAUUUAGAAGGCUGGAAAAUUUGAGGUCUCAUGAGCGGAUACACAGAGGGGAGAAGCCGUUCAAAUGCUCGUUUUGCCCCAAAGUGUCCGGCGACGCGUCGACGCACAAGCGCCAUGAGCGCACGCACACCGGCGUUAAGCCCCACAGGUGCAACUUCUGCGGGAAGAAGUUUGCCGACGCCAGAGGGCUCAUCGCUCACCGCAAACGGCACGAAGGCACAAAAGACGUCAAAUGCCCGCAUUGCCCCAAAAUGUUCUGGGAUAAAAAGACCUUAAGACAACACAUCCCCGUUCACAGUGACGAAAAGAACUUCGAAUGUCAAAUAUGCUCGAAAAGAUUUUCGCAAAAAUGUUACCUCAGAGUGCACUUGAAAGUUCACGGAGUUGAAAAAUUUGAGUGUGACUACUGUGGGUUCCUCUCUAUACACAAAUAUAAUUUAAUGACACACAUACAAAAUAAGCACAUGCAUAAAAAGGAACCGAGGCCGAAAAUUACAGUCGAACCAGUCAAAAAACAAAAACGUUGGACCGAAUCCGCGGCGACGAGAUACAGGUCCGAAGACGAGAAUUUUAUCAUACCAAACGAUGACAAUAGUUUCUCAUGUCCGACUUGCUAUAAGAUAUUCAAAUCUAAGCAAAGCGUGGUGGUUCAUCUCGCCACCCACGCCCCGGUGAAGCCGAUCCUCUGCAGUUAUUGCGGCAGAGAAUUUAGAAGGCUGCAAAAUUUGAGGUCACAUGAGCGGAUACACAGAGGGGAGAAGCCGUUCAAAUGCUCGUUUUGCCCCAAAGUGUCCGGCGACGCGUCGACGCACAAGCGCCAUGAGCGCACGCACACCGGCGUCAAGCCCCACAGGUGCAACUUCUGCGGGAAGAAGUUCGCCGACGCCAGCGGGCUCAACGCUCACCGCAAACGGCACGAAGGCACAAAAGACGUCAAAUGCCCGCAUUGCCCCAAAAUGUUCUGGGAUAAAAAGACCUUAAGACAACACAUCCCCGUUCACAGUGACGAAAAGAACUUCGAAUGUCAAAUAUGCUCGAAAAGAUUUUCGCAAAAAUGUUACCUCAGAGUGCACUUGAAAGUUCACGGAGUUGCAAGAUUUGAGUGUGACUACUGUGGGUUCCUUUCUAUACACAAAUAUAAUUUAAUGACACACAUACAAAAUAAGCACAUGCAUAAAAAGGAACCGAGGCCGAAAAUUACAGUCGAACCAGUCAAAAAACAAAAACGUUGGACCGAAUCCACGGCGACGAGAUACGGGUCCGAAGAAGAGAAUCUUAUCAAACCAAACGACGACAAUAGCUUCUCGUGUCCAACUUGCUAUAAGAUAUUCAAAUCUAAGGACAGCAUGGUGGUUCAUCUUGCCACCCACGCCCCAGUUAAGCCGAUCCUCUGCAGUUAUUGCGGCAGAGAAUUUAGAAGGCUGCAAAAUUUGAGGUCACAUGAGCGGAUACACAGAGGGGAGAAGCCGUUCAAAUGCUCGUUUUGCCCCAAAGUGUCCGGUGACCCGUCGACGCACAAGCGCCAUGAGCGCACGCACACCGGCGUCAAGCCCUACAGGUGCGACUUCUGUGAGAAGAAGUUCGCCGAUGCCAGCGGGCUCAUCUCUCACCGCAAACGGCAGCACGAAGGCACAAAAGACGUCAAAUGCCCGCAUUGCCCCAAAAUGUUCUGGGAUAAAAAGGCCUUAAGACAACACAUUCCCGUUCACAGUGACGUAAAGAACUUCGAAUGUCAAAUAUGCUCAAAAAGAUUUUCGCAAAAAUGUUACCUCAGAGCGCAUUUGAAAGUUCACGAAGUUGAAAGAUUUGAGUGUGACUACUGUGGGUUCCGUUCUAGACACAGAUAUAGUUUAAAGAAUCACAUACAAAUGCAUAUGUUUAAGUUUACUGAUAAAAAGAAACACUACUCUAUUGUGCAUAGUAAGGGUGCCCACAUGUGUAGUUAUUGUGAUAAAAAAUUCAAAAAUAAUUUGUUAUUGAAGAAACAUUAUAUGCGAGUUCAUAGCAAUGUAACGAACGAGUCUGCUGUGCUGUGGCCCGAAAUGGCUGAGGAUGACACUGAAACUAAUUUGAACAUGAAUGGGACUGAUGAUAAUACUAAGGUUUUACAACCACUGAAAAGUAACAAUGAAGAAAAUGAAAAUUUUGACAGUAAUUCAACAAAUAAAAUGGUAAUGGUACCUGGUGAAAUUAUGAAUGAAAUAUCACAAAGCAAUAAUAAUUUGAUUACAAAUGACUUAGAUUUGAAGCUAGAAACUGAUGCAGAGGUCAUGGAACCAUCUAUUAUUGUUAAUAAAAAUUCACAUGAUAGUUCAGACAAGAGUUUCAAUGUGAACAAUAAUAAUAUUGAGGUAAACAAACUGUCUAAUAAUAACAAUGAAAAAUGUCCUGACACCUUAGUCAGCAGCACAACUAAAGAUGAAGAUCAAAAUACUACCAUUUCUGAAGUAAAUAUUACAAAGGUACUAGACCCACAAAAUAAUUCAAAUUUAGACAACAGCAGUAGCAGCAAUACUAAGGUCGAAGUUAGUCUCGAGGUGAGAAGAAGUCCAGAAAAUUGUCAUAAAACGAAUAACAUUUCAAUUGUAAAGUUAGAGCAUAUGAUGUCAAUAAAAGUGUUGUUAAAACGCACAAAGUACUACGGAUGCGACAAAUGUAAUCUUGUAUUCUUCCGACCAAAGGAUGUAAAACUCCAUGCAGUAAAACAUAUACAACCUACGAAAAGUGUGGACGACGACGACGCCGACGACAGAUUCGUGAAGCGUUUCUCGUGUGACGUGUGCGGGCGGCGCUUCGUGCAGCUUAGCACGCUGCAGGCGCACGCGGCGCUGCACGAGCCCUUCCCGCACGCCUGCCCCUGCGGCGUCGGCUUCUACCGCGCGCACGACCUCCGCGCCCACAGGAACCUGCUGCACCUCGACCAGAUACAGCAGACGCUCGCCGCGCUCACGGAACGGGAACAGAGGGCGUUCAAACACGAGAUCUGGCAGCCGAACGUCCUUUACACCGUCAAAAAGGAACCGAAACCAGAAAUUAAAGUCGAACCGGUCAAAAAAGUGAAAAAAACCAGGCGUCGGACCGGAUCCAUGACGGCGACGUACAGGUGCAAAGAAGAGAAUUUAAUAAUAGCAAACGACGACAAAACUUUCUCGUGCCCGACCUGCCGUAAGGUGUACAAAACGAAGCGCAACGUGGUGGUGCAUCUCGCCUCCCACGCCCCGGUGAAACCGUACGCGUGCAAAUUGUGCGGUCAGAGGUUCACGCAAACGUCAGGGCUCUCCACGCACAUGAAGAUACACAGCGGCGUCAAGGAGUUUCGCUGCAGUUAUUGCGGCAAAGAAUUUCUAAGCCUGCACAAUAUGAGGAAUCACGAGCGGAUUCACACGGGGGAGAAGCCGUUCAAAUGCUUGUUUUGCCCCAAAGCGUUCAGCGACCCGUCGGCGCUCAAGCGCCACGAGCGCACCCACACGGGCGUGAAGCCCUACGAGUGCAGCUUCUGCGGGAUGAAGUUCAGCGACGCCAGCGGGCUCAUCGUGCACCGCAAACGGCACAGCGGCACGAAAGACGUCAAAUGUCCGCAUUGCCCCAAAUAUUUCUGGAAUAAAAACGCCUUAAAUGUACACCUCACCGUUCACAGAAACGAAAAGAACUUCGAAUGUCAAAUAUGCUCCAAGAGAUUUUCGCGGAAAUGUUACCUCAAAUUACACUUGGGAAUUCACGAAGAUAAAAAAUUUGAGUGCGACUACUGUGGGCACCUUUCUGGGAACAAACAUAAUUUAGCAACCCACAUACAAAUUAAGCACAUGCAUAUAUUUCGUACAGAAAGAUUUGAGUGCGACUACUGUGGGUUCCGGUCUCGAGUCAAACUUAAUUUAAUUAAGCACAUACAAAAUAUGCACAUGUGUAUGUUUACUGAUAAAGUUAAACACUACACUGUUGGGAAUGAGGGUGUUCAUAUGUGUAGUUAUUGCGAUGGAAAAUUUAAAAAGAAUGUUUUACUCAAGAGACAUUACAUGCAAGUUCAUAGCAAUGUAACGAGAUAUGAAUGUGAUGAAUGUGGUAAACGGUUUUAUUUGAAAUCGAGUCUUCGGUAUCAUAUAUUUUCACAACAUUCAACACUCUUGUAUUGCCAUACUUGCCGGAAGAGUUUCAUUUCAGAAUCCUGCUUGAAGAAACACAAAGCUAAAAAAAACUGUGUCUCCGAGUUCAAAUGUGAGAUUUGUGACAAGAUUCUAACGUCUAAGUCCGGUUUUGUAUCACAUUUGAAUGUUCAUACUGAAAAAUUGAAUUUUCAUUGCGACAUUUGUCCAAGCAAAUUUAAAACCAGAUCUUUAAUGCUUCGACACCUUAAAUUCAGUCAUAAAUAUAUUUACCAGACUAAAUCAAAACGUUCUAAAUAGUGAUGUUCAUUCAAUUAUUGAAAUACUUUGUAAACUUGUAAUUUUUGAAGACUGAAGUUCACGGUCCACUACUCUAUUGUUACACAAGACAUUCCGAACUUUCGAAGUACAAUUAAUUUCCAUACCCAGCUUUUACUGUUGAUUGUAACAAAUACAUUUAAACUCAUGGACCCGUUCGAAAAAAAAUUGCUUUUUUAUUUUUAAUGUCGCCGUGAACCAGUUGGAAAUCAAAGUUUGAACUUACAUUUCUUGAAAAUAAUAGAGGCUGAAAUAAUAGGACCUUUGGGAAUAAGCCAAAAUGUGGCACAUUGUUGUAAUCGUUAUGGAAUUUUGUUGGCAAAAGAACAGAUUAUACAUAAUAUAAGAUGUUAUUGUAUUCAAAUAUUAUAUUAUUAUGAUCUGUGCGAUUGCUUUGAGAAGUCAAGUAAUACCCAUACAACAAUCCAGGCUAGUUGAUGACCCAGCCCAGAGCAUACCUACUUUUCUCCCAUAAAAUGCCCAUAAAUGGUUAUGGCGAAAUAUUUUCGGCGAGUCAAUUGAUUAUUUUGGUUUCAAACUUAAAAAUCAAAUUUUAAUAUCAAUUGAAAAGUAGGUAAUAAGGGCUCUUUGGGCUAUAAUUGUGGUAUUUUAGAAUAGACGUGCCUUAUAAACUUAAUGUUAACUCAUUUAGUUAAAUAAAAACAAGAGGUUUUUAUGUAAUUGAUUGUCAAAAUCAUUUAGCUCGCCAUUUAUUCUAUAAAUAGGUACUUCGAGAAUGUAGCAUUGAGUUAUAUUGUAGCUAUUUGGUAUUUUUUUCCCUAUUCCUAGUGUAACGCAAAAUGGUGCAACUCAUCGGGGACAAAGCUAAAAAUUGUGUUCAUUAAUAAAUAUUAAGGUUCUGAAUAAAUUAUAUUAAUGCUCUCUCUCUCUUUAAUCUCCGAGAGCCAGUAACAUGAAAAAUUACUAGUUACAGGACCUAUUUUUUAUUGUUGGAAUGAGAGAAAAAUCAUAUUAUCAAAGUAUAAAUCAGUUAUGGCAAAAGUAUUAUUUAUUCGCAUUCCACUGUGCUAUUGUUGUGAUUUUACGCAGUUUAAGUUUUGUUAUAAGACAAAUAAAUUUUUGGAAACAUGAGAAAUGAAAUUGUUUAACCUUAUUAAUUAAAAAAUAUAUUAAGAAUGUUGUCAGUUCCAUUGUUUCCAUUUUAAUGUUAAGUUUUGAAUGAUAAAUUAUUAUGGUUCAUCGUUGAUAUGAAUCUCAAGAAAUACUGUGUUUUAUAUCAUUUACAAUUAGUAUUCUAUUCCUAUUAUACCGGGUUACCUACGCCAUAUCGAAUGACAAAUGAUCGAAAAUCAAAAUAUCGAAUACGUUUCAUCGAACGAUCAAAAUAUCGAACGAUCAAAAUACCGAAUGCUCAAAAUAUCGAACGUUCAGAAUAUCGAACGAUCAAAAUAUCGAAAGUCGAUAUAGACGUUUUUAUUAAAUUUCAUCAUGCAUCAUUUCUGAACUUUCCUUUUUGGGACAGGCUAGGCUUAUAAUAGGUCCCCACGGACAUUAUUCUCAAAAUUUAUAAACUUGAAGAAAGUUCGAUAUUUUGAUCGUUCGAUGAAACGUAUUCGAUAUUUUGAUUUUCGAUCAUUUGUCAUUCGAUAUGGCGUAGGUAACCCUAUUAUACCACCAGUUAAGUUUAGUGAAAUGUUUACAGAAAACAAUCAAUUUUGUUAAAAUCAUAGUUUGUAAGAAGAUUGUGUAUCGUUUAAUUAUUGAAUUCAACAUGAUUGGUAUAUCAGACUGACUAGAUGUGUUAUCAAUUUACUUACUUUUAAAAUAAGUCGUUAAAUGAU